CACCCAAACUCAGGCUCUCUCUGCUCACCGGCGAUCCAACACUCCGGCGAAACAAAACCAAAGAGGAAAAAACACAGAAAAUUAAUUCGCUGCAAUAAUGGCAACAAACGGAGAAGGAGAACAGAAUCUCAGGCACCAAGAGGUCGGCCACAAGAGUCUUUUACAGAGCGAUGCUCUCUACCAGUAUAUACUUGAGACCAGUGUUUACCCAAGAGAGCCAGAGGCGAUGAAGGAGCUCAGAGAGGUCACUGCAAAACAUCCAUGGAACAUCAUGACUACCUCUGCCGACGAAGGUCAGUUCUUGAACAUGCUUUUGAAGCUUAUCAACGCCAAGAACACCAUGGAAAUCGGUGUUUACACUGGUUACUCUCUUCUCGCCACCGCCCUUGCUCUCCCCGAUGAUGGGAAGAUUUUGGCAAUGGACAUUAACAGAGAAAACUUCGAAAUCGGUCUGCCGAUAAUUGAAAAGGCCGGCGUCGCUCACAAAAUCGACUUCAGAGAAGGCCCUGCUCUGCCUGCUCUCGAUCAAAUGAUCGAAGAUGGAAAGCAUCAUGGGUCGUUUGAUUUCAUUUUCGUGGACGCUGACAAGGACAACUACAUCAACUACCACAAGAGGCUGAUUGAUCUGGUGAAGGUUGGGGGACUGAUCGGCUACGAUAACACCCUCUGGAACGGCUCUGUGGUGGCGCCUCCGGACGCUCCGAUGAGGAAGUACGUAAGGUACUACAGAGACUUCGUCUUGGAGCUCAACAAGGCACUCGCCGCCGAUCCCCGCAUCGAGAUCUGCAUGCUUCCCGUCGGCGAUGGCAUUACCCUGUGCCGGCGUGUCUGCUGAUUCCAACCCAUUGCUGGACAAAAACCAAAUAAUAUGAUAUUUUGCUUUUAUUUUUAUUAUCUUUUGUUAUGUCAUAUGUAUUUGUAUUUCUAAUGGACGGUGGAUGAUUGGAAGAGUUCACGACCUACGCUUCCGAUUUGAUUUGCUGCUCGAAUCAACAUACAAAGUGGUCUAUUAAUUGGUUUUGAAAUAUUAGUAAUGUUGUUCAUGCAAUAUUUUUAUAAAUAUCAAUUCAUAAUUGAAAAUAUGGGAAAUCA